AAACCUAAAAGAUAAGUGCCAAAUAUGCACUUUUUAUUGCUUUUACGGCCUAAAAUCCCCAUGCUCAUAUUACAAAAUCAUACGCAAUAGCAAAAAAAUAUGAUUAGUAACAAUCCCAUGUUUUUCUCUCUCAGGAGAGAGAGAGAGAAUAAGAAUGAUUGUAGAAAUAGUUAGGUAAAGUGAGUGUUGUGUGAUUUGGGUUUUGGAAAUCUUGGAGGAUGUCAGGUGGAGGUGGUGGUGGUGGUGGUGGUGGUGGUGGUGGGGGGUGUAGCAUAGUAUGGUUCAGGAGAGAUCUAAGGGUAGAAGAUAGCCCAGCACUGGCUGCAGGAGUGAGAGCAGGGGCAGUGGUUGCAGUGUUCAUAUGGGCACCUGAGGAAGAAGGGUACUACUACCCUGGAAGGGUUUCAAGGUGGUGGCUCAAGCACAGUUUGGCUCUCUUUGAUUCCUCUCUCAGAAACCUUGGUACCUCUCUUAUCACCAAGAGAUCUACUGAUACUGUCUCUACUCUCCUAGAGAUUGUCAAAUCUACUGGUGCUACUCAGCUCUUCUUCAACCACUUAUAUGGUCAGUCUCAAUUCCCCCUUUGGAUCAUCCAUCUCCUCAAUCAGGAAAAUUAGCCUUUCAUUAACCCC